AAUUAGCCAGAAAAGAACUGUGUCUUACCACAGCGGGGGAGGGACUUUUCCUCAUGACCUUCUGAAUGCCAAGGGAGUUACAGUGAUUUUUCCUCAGCUCUGCUUUUAGUUACUGCAGCAGAAACUUCUAGGACAGAUUUCUGCACUAAAAUAUUUCUAUCCUCUUGCUUUUAUGUCAUUUUUACAGCUCACUUUUUAUGAACAGGAAAAUACCUUUUUUUUUUAAGUAAAAAGUGAUGAAGCACAAAUAUCUGUCUGACAUGCUUUGUGGUCUGUUUCCUGCUGCUGUGACCCAUGAUAAGUUAGUUCUGAUGUCUUGCUCUGUUGGCUGAAAGUAACUCACGGUGUGACAGUGAGGAUAAAACUUCCAAAUUUUUGGUGGAUGAUUAGACCUGUAAUACCUUAUUUUGCUCAAGCAUUAUUCCUUAUCUUGUUUAAGUAUUAUAAAUGUAAAAAUCUUUCACGGGUCAAAGAAUGUGCAGUUGAUCCUUCCAUGCGUCCUCACUGCAUGUCAUGUGCAGACAAAAUGAAGUGCUAAAGUUGCAUCCUUACUGUGCAAAUCCACAGAAAACCCGCUGCACAAAUCAGCCUUUUUUACAAGGACACAUUUAUAAUCAUCCAGAUGUAGCUGCAGAGAUUGCUUUGGCACUUUUAUCUUUUUUUCUUUGAUAUGGUCUUACAAGCUCUGGCAUGAAGAUAACUAUAAAGCAGCUGGAGAAUGGAAAAUAUCUGUUAAAAAUCAAAUAUGACAUGUUCAUCCUGAAUAGGAAUGUGCUUCUUAGUUAUACAACUGUCAUUCUGUAUUUAACUGCAUUUACAAGACUUGUCUUGUUACCUUCUUGGGAGUUCACACUCCCAAGGUUAUUCGGCACUCCCUCAGGCUAUAAAUUACAGGCACAUGCCUACUGAAGUGUGAUUUCUUAUUUUUAUAAAAAAGCCCAACCCUUACAUCCCAUGUUUUGCUGGAAAGAGGCUUCUUUGUGCGCCAAGCCUUUAAACUGUGAACAACCAGUUACUUACUGCUUUCACAUUUUUGGAUUGUGUUGCUCAAGGAUCUUGGUCAAUUCCUCUCACCAUGAAGAGUUUUACUCUUCUUUUUCUAGUUGUUAUCUGUGGCACGGGAGGAUUGGGGCAGAAGCUGAAGCCAAAGAAAAGAAGCAAUGGUGAAGAAAUCAAAUUUCGGACUAAAACCAAGGACGUUUGUACAAUGAGCAUUAGUGGGGAUGAUGAGGAGAUGAAACUUAGAGUUGAAUGCAAAAACCAAGACAUGUCCUACUGGUGUGAAUUCACUGGCAAGCCUUCAGUCUGUCGUGCUUUCAGAAACAAUCCAAAGAUUUACUGGAAUCAGAUCGCCGCAGAACUUAGAAAGAUCCCUCAUGCUUGUGAAUCCACGGAAGUGUUGAAGAUCUCCAUGUGCCAGAAGGCUCCUCCAGAGGCUCUCAUGAAGCAAAUAGCUGCUGGUGUGGAGCCAGAAGAGCUAGCAAACCAGGAAGAAUCAGUCCAGAAAAUGUCCACUUCUAUGCGAGGAGCAGGGCAAUGGUCUGAAAAUGAAACAGAAGCCAUGAAACUGGCACGGGAACAUUGCUGGGAAUCCCUGCAUGAUUUCUGCUCCUACAUUAUUGGCAUCUUUAGGGGUUAAGGACUUACUUCAGACCAAAAUUGCUACAGCUGAAGAAGGGUCCUUGCUGUAGUUUAACAAUUUAGACAUAAGAAUUUUGGUUUAAAAAUGAGUUUUCUCUGUAAGUCUUAUAGCUGUUUUCCUUUUGUGCCCCUAAAAUAAAAAUUUUUAACAGCCCUGAAAAGUGCAUGAAACUGGAGUGACUGUGUUUAAAGUGUUAGGAUGAACUAAUUGUCCCUAGGCUUGUUACACACUUAGGUGUGCAUUUAAAUAACCAAGGUCCUGCUUUAGGAGUGCUGAGUUUGCAUAGGUUUUUGUGUGUGCUGAUUUGCUUUAGUUUGUUAGAGAUGAAAGCUGUUAAUGAUGAUACAG